AUGGCUCGUUGCGCGACAGGCUGGAGGAGCUUCUCCACUCAGAUUGGGGAUGACCUGCCGUCCCACGGCACCGACUUGCAAGUCGCGGGUGGGGCGCCUCCCAUGGCUGCCCAGCGCAAGGUCAUCAUCUUCUCGCCAUCUCGGGUGGCGGGCCAGCACGGGCUCGCACAGACCAUCGAUGGGGGCAAGUGGAUGAACCCCCUCAUGGGCUGGACUUCCACCGCCGACCCCUUGGAGAAUGUGCACCGCCCGCUGUACUUUGACAGCAAGGAGGCGGCGAUUGCCUUUGCGGAGAAGAAUGGGUGGGGGUAUGAGAUUGAGGACCCCAAUCCCCGCACUCACAUCCGUCCCAAGCGCUUCAUCGGAUACGGUGACAACUUUUCCGUGAAGCGCAAGGGCCUGCCCUCUGGCGGGCUGAGGAGCGAGCUUGGCGGCAAGAAGAAGAAGUGA